AUGCUUUUUAAAACAGUAAAUCUAAAUUGACAAAUUAUUUCACCAGUUAGCAUUGGUUUAGAUAAGAGCAUUUCAGUGUUCUCUUGUCUUUAACUCAGCUCUUUAGGAAUUAUUCCUGAAAUUCAGUUUACUCUGUCUUCAAAGUCCCAUUUCUUUCUAUCCAUGUAUAGCAUAUGCAAUUGUAAUCUAGAAUUAAUUAUCAUGAUUGUAUUGCCAACAUUUCUGUUUCUUUGUCUUUUUAUUGUUGUGACUGAAAUACAUCCUAACAAGAAUUAAGUCCAUAUUUUUGUAGAUAAGAAAGGACGGAGAUUUCUUCUGCCUUCAGAUGUCUUUCUGCUUGACUGAACUGCACCUGUGGUCUUUGAAGAAUACCUUACACAUUGGGGAUAGAGACAUAGGGAUCUACCAGUAUUAUGACAAGAAAGACCCAGCAGUAUCAGUGACAGAGCAUGGUGACUUAGAAGAAAAGCAUAAGCUGGCAGAAUCACGAGAUUAUCCAUGGACACUCAAAAAUAGACGCCCAGAAAAACUUCGAGACUCACUCAAGGAGUUGGAGGAGCUGAUGCAAAACAGUCACUGUGUGCUGAGCAAAUGGAAGAACAAAUAUGUCUGUCAGCUCCUCUUUGGUUCAGGUGUGCUGGUGUCCCUAAGCCUCUCUGGGCCGCAGCUGGAGAAAGUAGUGAUUGACAGAAGCCUGGUGGGGAAGCUCAUCUCAGACUCCAUCAGUGAUGCUCUUCUUACAGACAACUUUAUCAUCUUAUCAUUUUUGGCACAAAACAAACUAUGUUUUAUUCAGUUUACCAAGAAGAUGGGUUCUCCUGAUGUAAACAAAAGACUGGAAAAACUCUCAGCCUUGGAUUAUAAGAUUUCCUAUUCUGAGAUACCGGGCCCAGUAAACAGGACAGCAGACCGUCAUCUAGCCAUCAAUUGUGUUCAAGAUACAGUUGUUUGCUGGUGGCCGCUGGUCAGUGAUGAUGCUUGGCCUUGGGCCCCCAUUUCUCCUGAGAAGGACAGAGCCAAUCUGCUGCUCCUAGGUUAUGCUCAAGGAAGACUGGAGGUUCUGAGCUGUGUCCGCACAGAAUGGGAUCCGCUGGAUGUUCGCUUUGGCAAUAAACAGCCUUAUCAGGUGUUGACAGUGGAGCACUCCAUCAGUGUAGACAAAGAGCCCAUGGCUGACAGCUGCAUCUAUGAAUGUGUUCGGAAUAAAAUCCAGUGUGUGUCAAUAACCAGAAUACCACUAAGAUCGAAGGCCAUUAGCUGCUGCAGGAAUGUUACUGAAGACAAACUGAUUCUGGGCUGUGAAGAUUCUUCAGUAAUUCUUUAUGAAGCUCACCGUAGAGUAACUCUCUUAGCCCAGGCUAAACUUCUGCCUUUGUUAAUAAGCUGCCACCCAAGUGGCGCCAUUCUACUAGUUGGCAGCAACCAAGGGGAGCUGCAAAUUUUUGAUAUGGCUCUAUCCCCUAUUAACAUCCAGCUCUUGGCUGAAGACCGCUCACCCAGGGAGACUCUGCAGUUCAAUAAAUUCUUUGAUAUUUCCAGCAGUCUUGUUCAAAUGCAGUGGAUAGCUCCUCAGGUGGUUUCUCAGAAGCCUAAAAGUGGGGACAUCUAUGAUCUCCUCUUCCUCAGGUUUGACAGAGGACCUUUGGGUGCACUUUUGUUUAAACUUGGUAUCUUCACACGAGGACAGCUGGGCCUGAUAGACAUCAUAUUCCAAUACAUUCACUGUGAUGAGAUAUAUGAGGCGAUAAAUAUCCUGAGCAGUAUGAACUGGGACACUCUGGGCCACCAGUGCUUUAUCAGCAUGAGUGCCAUUGUAAACCAUCUUCUUAGACAAAAGCUCACUCCAGAGAGAGAAGCACAGCUUGAGGCAAGCCUUGGAACCUUCUAUGCUCCAACAAGACCACUUCUGGAUACAACUAUAUUGGAAUACAGAGAUGAAAUCAACAAAUAUGCAAGAAGAUUCUUCCAUCACUUGCUCAGGUACCAGAGAUUUGAAAAGGCAUUUCUGUUAGCUGUUGACAUUGGUGCUCGUGACCUGUUUAUGGACAUCCAUUACUUUGCACUAGAUAAGGGUGAAUUGGCACUGGCUGAAGUGGCAAGAAAAAGAGCUAGUGACAUUGAUGCAGAAUCAAUAACCUCUGGAGUUGAACUCCUGGGGCCUUUGGACAGAGGAGAUACGCUAAAUGAAGCUUUUGUUGGCCUAUCUUUAGCUCCUCAAGGAGAAGACACAUUUCCAGAUGACCUCCCUCCCUUUUGUUCAGUCCAUAAACAUAUUCAACAAAGAACACAGAAUGUCUCUUCUAACAGACAAGUACUUGACAGAAGAAAUGAACUUGAAAAAGACACCUGUGCUGAAUCUUUGAUGACUAAGACCUGUAAUGAAGAAGGAGAAAGGAGAGAAGACUACAUAGAACAGCUACCUAAGUCUCCUGAACUUGCCAGCACACACACAUAAGCCUCCAGGAAUGUUAAAUUUGUCAUUCUUCUUGUUACCUGUUUUUCCAGGUUGGUAUUUUUUUUUUUAAUUUUGUAUUAUCAGGAUUCAUAGGCACAUACAUACAUACAUGCUUCCCUUACGUGUCAACCCCACACCUGUUUUCUUCUAGAUAGGACAAAUUUCUGAAAGGCUUCUCACUAAAAAGAACUUUAAAGAUAUAAGUAAGGAAUAAUUUUAAAUUCUUAAAGAGUAAUGUCUGCAAUUAUGACAUGUUAGCUUAAGUACUAACCACCAUCCGUACUCUCUUUACUUUUCCCCUUUACCAUUUCAACUUUAAGUAGGUUAUUUCCAAAUUUCAAAAAUGUCCCCACUGUACUGUUUUUCAAAUAAUGUCAUUCACCUUUGGUGUCAUGUUUAAACAUUCUCCAAUUUCAGAAUCCUAUGAUAAAAUUUUUUGUUUAUCUCUACUUAAUGGGGUAGGUGGGAAGGUGAGAAAGAAAGCAAAAAAUGGGAAAUGGAUGAAGUUCUUGUAUCUCUUUGCAGCUUCAUAAAAUUUUAUGAAGGGCUUAGAAACACCAAAAUUAAGAAAUAGACUUGGGGAACAGAUAGUAUUAUAAAAUCAAAAAGGUAGAAUAAAAAAAUGAGGAUUCAUAAUUUGCAACUUUUUAUUGCAGGAGCCUUUACAUGCUUCCAAAUUUCAGCUAACAUUUUUCCUUCUUUACCUUUUUAUGCUUUGUAUAUUAUUAAUCUUUACUGCCUUUAUGAACACCGUAUCAAAAUUUUAACAGUAGGCUGAAUACAUGGUUCUCUUAUUUACAUAUAUACAGUGCAUUUAACUAUUUUAUUUUGCUUCAAUGUUUUCUAAUAUUUAUAUUAAAAAUAUUAAAAUAUAAAUACUAAGUCAAUUAUUGUUUAAUCUCUACCAUAAAC